CAAAUAUUUGGUUUUGUUCACGAAUGUUUAAAAUAAUUUGAAAAAGUUUAGAAGAGAUUAUUAAAAUAUUGUUGUGUUUUACCUAUUUCAAAACUAGUGGAAAUAUAAAAAUGGCGCUGGAACCAAAUCCGAUACAUGGAACUAACGAAAGAAUAUCCAGGGCAGCCAUUGAAGUUUCAUUCGAUGAGAAUUUUGACGAUAUUUACAACAGAAGAUUCAAAAAGUAUUGCUUAUUACUGGCUAAGGAAAAAGAACUACUGCGACGUAUGGGAAAAGUUCGAGUACGAAGUUCUACUGUGGGACCAAAAGAAAAUGAUUCAUCACCCUUGGGUGAAAUAACAGAGAACAACAAUACGGAAGAUCCACUUCAAACGCGACCGUUACUUACCGACGGCCGACGUGCAAGCUCUCUAAAAGACAUGCGACAUUUAACGCCUCCGAGGGCCACAUUAACGUCUUGCCGUCGUUUGUCAACGAGUUAUGAAGAACUGGAUCCGCUGCCAUUUAACGAAAAAGUAGGCGAAGAAAAUUACCCACAAUCCGUUAGGCAUUCGUCAACAAUAAGUCGGAGAAAACCGGCAAUCCCUCAUUCUCACAGCUGCGAAGGAAUAUCCUCAAACGAUCAAGAAAAACCUGUCAGAUUAAAACACGCGGAAAGUUUCGACGACGUGGCUGUUGGUCAAAUGCUUGCACAAAUGGUUAAUCCUGACAGCAACGGCUUACGUAGUUACGACAGAGAUUCGUUAAAGACGUCAUCAUCAAGAGAUCUAACAGACCGGAAUGUCAGAGACGUUGUGAAGGAAUCUAAGACAUUACGCUCUUCCAGUCCAUCAUUAGAACGCAGGCUAGCUCAAGCACGCUUAAAAGCUAUAAAACGAGACGAAACAAUGCGCAGACUGGAUGACGACUUUACUCGAGCAAGAGAGAUCAUGAACAGAUACAAAUCAACCGAGUCGUUAAAUGGAGGUUUGUCAGCAGAAGAAGAGGACGAUAAAAGAAGAACCUGGAGCAAAUGACGAAAUAAGAAAAUUUUCUGCUCAUCAGAGUAUCGUUUAACAGAAUUUAUAAGUUUUUGCAUUAGCUAUAAUACGAAUUCAGUCUAUAAGUUUUCAGGUUUUUUUAAGAAAAUCACAUUCUGAAAUAAGGAGAAUUUGCAGAUGAUUGAAAAAACUUCUUUGUUUUGCAGUAUGCUCUGUUGGCGUGAAAAGAGGCCAACGUUAAACAGGAAAGCACAUGGUUGCUGAUCAAGCUUUUCGCCUGCGUCUCCUAACAUAAGCAUUUGAACAAAGUACGUGGUUCCUUAAUAAAAAAAGGUAUAUUAAACAACUCAAAAAUUAGAAAUGUAUAAAUUAUUAGAAACUAAUAUAUCUUACAUCUUUUAUUAGCAUUUUUAUUUCUUUUUACUUAUUUUCAAAGAAUACUUGUGCUAACCUGUAAUAAAAAAGUAAACAAGUAUCUUAAUUUUAAAGGAGAGGCGAACAAAAAAUUAUUUUUUAGCAAGAUGAAAAAAUUUAUAGAUUUCUUAAUUCUAAAAUCUACUAAGAUAACUACUCUAAUAAGAAAUAAAUAUUUUUCACAACUAAGUAUCCAUAUAUCUUCCUGGCAACAAUUUUGCAGAAUUUCUAUGGCUCUAUGGGGUUGAAAUAAGUAGGUUUAUUUUGGAUGUACUUACCAGUACACGUCAAGAAUAAGAUCUUUGACUGAAGAUAACCAAGAAUAUUUUGCGUACUAUAGUAGUAACAGCAUUUUAUAACCUUCGUUUUAACUUCUUUGAACUUAAAAAAUAUCUGUCAUGACCAACAACAAUAUUUUUUUCAUAUUUUGAGUCCCUCUUCCACAACAUUACUACCAACUUCGAAAGAUGAAGUUUGUUAUGAUGAAAUUGCGCCAAAUCUGAAUAAAUAUACAGACCGGACAUAUUCAACGACAAAUCAAACGCACAAUAUGGAGGCUACAUCUAUAUAUUUACGAAUCUUUAUUUUCCCUAUCAUUUUUACUCACAAAUUUGUUCAGUAAGUUCAGCAUGUUGUUCAACAUUUUUGCUAUUUUGAUCUUUAACUUUACCUUGUUUAAUUAUUUUGUGCGUAUUGACUCGUGAUCAUCACAAUAAGAAGAAAUAUAUUCCAUUGUUUUUUCAUUUAGUCCCCGUUUAGCAAAUGUGUAAAAAUACUCAAUUAUAAAUAAUUCAGCACUCACAAAGAUGUAAACAAAACUGGUAUUUGUAACAGACUGAUUUAUAUUUUAGGUCUAGUGCGUUGUCGUUCUGCAAAGUUUUAGGUUAAAAUACCUUCUGCGAAACUCUGCAAAUAUUUUCAUUCUUGGUCUUUGUUUCAAGACUUUCUUUUUUUUAUGAUGGCUGUAACAUGUAAAUUAAUUUAUUUUGACGGUCUGCUCCAUAAUAAA